UGUAGGGAGACGCCGAGAAUCUCGCCGACAUUUUUACACGGCAUCAUCAGAGCUGACGUGGGGACUACGUGUGCAGCGGCACGGCACAGGCCAUCCACUCCUACCGUAAUCAGUGACGAGUCCGACUACGUAAAAACCUCGUCCAAUGACCAUGGAAACUGUGGUGGCCUCUCAGCAGGAUGGGAGUGUAAAUGAUUCUUUGUCUGACGGAGAAGCAAUUAAGAUUCAGAACGAGUCUGCCAGCUCUCCCAUUUCUUCUCUUACACAGGUGUCUGUAGGGGGCAGUGGAGGGGCCCCAGGGCCUGCAGCUGUGGCGGUGGUGCAGCUACCUGGCGGUCAGACCGUUCAGGUCCAGGGAGUCAUCCAGACACCCCAACCGUCUGUCAUUCAGUCUCCACAAAUUCAGACCAAUCAGGCAGCAGCAGGGGAGUCAGAAGAUGGAGAAAUGACAGAUUCUGUGAUAGACUGCCAGAAAAGAAGAGAGAUUCUCUCCCGACGGCCCUCUUACCGAAAAAUUCUGAACGAACUGUCAUCGGACACACCUGCCGUUCCCAAAAUCGAGGAGGAGAAAUCUGAGGAGGAAAUGGCUUCUACCAACAUCACCACCAUGUCCACACCCGCCUCCAUAUACCAAACCAGCUCAGGCCAGUACAUCGCUAUAACCCAGGGCGGGGCCAUCCAGAUCGCCAGCCCAGGGGGGGACGGGCUGCAGGGCCUGCAGACUCUCACCAUGUCCAAUUCGGGAGCGCCCCAGCCCGGCGCCACCAUCCUGCAGUAUGCCCCCCAGUCUGGGGACGGCCCCCAGCAGUUCUUCGUCCCAGGCAGCCAGGUGGUCGUCCAAGCUGCCACAGGAGACAUGCCCACCUACCAGAUCCGCACGCCCACCUCCACCCUGCCGCAGGGCGUGGUGAUGGCGGCGUCUCCGGCCGGCCUACACAGCCCACAGCAACACGCCGAGGAGACCACACGCAAGAGGGAGGUCCGGCUGAUGAAGAACAGGGAGGCAGCGCGGGAGUGCCGGCGGAAGAAGAAGGAGUAUGUGAAAUGUCUGGAGAACCGGGUGGCUGUGCUGGAGAACCAAAACAAGACCCUCAUAGAAGAGCUGAAAGCGCUGAAAGACAUUUACUGCCAUAAGGGCGAAUAACUGAGCCGGGCCUGAGUCCGACAGAUACAGACUGAUGCACAAGCACACAUAUGCUCACACACACACACACACACACGCACACACAAGCACUCACACACAUACACACACAAACGUGCAGACUCACACAUGUGCACACAUGCACACUGACACGCUCUCUCACACACACACACACACACACUGCCAUAAAGGGGCAUCUGGAGCAAAGGUUCUUGGUUUUUCAUUUAUAUUGUUAGUUUUUUCAGUUUCUUGCUUACUUUUGCCCGGUUGUCAUGACGACCGGGUGAAAGGUGUUCCCGAGCCGUGGGACGGUGAUGGGGCGGGGCCCUCUCUGUGCUCGGUGGGACGGUGCCGUAGAGCCCAUGGGACUGCCGGAGGAGGCGGGGCUACCUGCAGCACCUGCAGAAACAACUCGACACCGGGACCUGCAGCUCCAGGACCUGAGGGAUGCCUGACCUAACCCUCACCCUCACACACAGCCCUAACCCUCACCCUCACACACAGCCCUAACCCUCACCCUCACACACAGCCCUAACCCUCACCCUCACACACAGCCCUAACCCUCACCCUCACACACAGCUCUAACCCUCACCCUCACACACAGCCC